AUGAAAUAUUUCAAGGCCCAUCUCCAAUCUGUUGGAGCAGUCUCCAGACUAUUGAUGCUGAUUAGAUACCAAGCAACAAUGACAACAACUUUGGAGGAAACCAGAAGCGCGUUGGAGGAGCUGGAAAGUAUAGAGGCAGGGAUUGCUGAGAGGCUUCAAUAUAAUCCAGAUAUUCACCACUCGCAGAAUGACCAUGGUGUUCUUGGAGGAGGGAAGCGUACGAUAGGACAAACGUUGUUACAACAACAUGAGGUCAAACUGUUUCUAGACGAGUAUUCCAAACAGUGUGACGCUGUUAAAAAGAAUUUGGAGACAUUCAGUUCUGAUUUUGAGUCUUUUGAUGACAAAGAACUCAAUUUCAACAAGUUUGAUGGACUGCUAUCAAACAUCAAAGACUACUACGCAAAGUACCCAGAGGCUCCACAGGAUUCUUCGAAUAUCUUCGCCAUGUACGGAAUAGGAGUGGAUGAUGGAAAGAGGAGGAAGAUUUUGUCCUCCUUUGCAUCCAACUUGAAACUUACGGGAAUUUUCACAGUACAGGAGAAAAAUGGCAAGUUGCUGGACCUCACCAGCUUUUAUAAUGCGUUCAUCAACGUGCCGGGCGUUGACUCCUUGGAUUAUCUCACUUACCUCAAAAAGAUUACAAGCUUUGGCGGUUUAGCCACUGGUGUGCGACAGUCAAAGGAGUAUUACGAAUAUCUGAAAGAGUUGAACGAAUACCUGGCCAAGUUCUGGACCAAGAUCCAGCCGUUGUCCCGCCCUGAAAGAUCUCUCGACAAGAUCAAAGAGGAUUUCAAAACAAGGGUGACCAGUGUGGCCGUGAAUAACGAGGAUGGAAGUGUGUAUUGCAAAGUGUGCGAUAAAACUUUUGCCAAGGAAUCAGUGUUCCAAGGUCAUAUCAGUGGAAAGAAACAUAUCAAGUCUGCCAAGUUGGCUGAACCCAGGCAGUAUAUGGAAUAUCAGCUUGACAACAUUCUGCAAUUACUCUCCAAGCAACUCAAAGAUACAAGGGAGAAUGUGGAGAGGCGGCAACUUCUGACCGUCAGAGAGCAGCAGCUGGAGAAGCUGGACGUAACCAAUGCUAGCGAUGACGAAUACGAAGUGAUAGGCAAAGACUCUGAGGGCAACGACGGCGGAGAGCAUUCAGGUGAUCGGGUCUACAAUCCUCUGAACAUUCCGCUAGGUCCAGAUGGAAACCCGCUGCCAUUCUGGCUCUACAAGCUGAUUGGACUCGAUACUGAGUUCAACUGUGAGGUGUGUGGAAACGUCAAGUACAAAGGUAGGGCCAGUUUUGAAGCCCAUUUCCUGGAGCGUAAGUCGCAUCUGAAAGGUUUACAGUUACUCGGAAUUGAGUCAUCCCAGAUUGACGUUUUCAAGGAUAUCAGUUUGAUUAAGGAUGUUCUCGAACUCAAGGCUAAGAUAAGCAAGAAGAAAAAGGUUGACGAAACGUUGAAGGAAGAUAACUACGAACUAGAAGACGAGGAUGGAAACGUCAUGAGUGAAAAGAUUUAUAACGAACUAAAGAAGCAGGGGUUGAUCUGA